CCUAGCCGGGCAGGGCGGACUGCAGAGGAUUGUCAGGGGGAGGGGAGAAUAAAAAAGGGAGGAGAGGACAGGCAGUAACUCACACAGCGUGACAGCUGCUCUCUUAUUUAAUGGGGGGCUCUCUGGUCAGAAGGAAUCAGAAGUAUCUCCAAGACAGCAGAAGCAUGGCAGAGGAGCUGGGGCUGGGCUUCGGAGAAGCAUCCACAGUGGAAAUGCUGCCUGAGGGCUGCAGGCACAGGCCAGAGGCCAGGGCCGGGCUAGCUGCCAGGAGCAGAGCCUGCUUGGCUCUCACCUGCUGCCUGCUGUCACUUCCCAUGCUCGCAGGACUUAGCGCCCUCCUGAUGACUGGCCAGCUCCGGGUCCCGGGGAAAGACUGUAUGUUUCCGGCUAUAACAGAACAGAGGUCUGAACCUUCACCACAACCAGUUUACACACCUUCCAGAGACAAGCCGAAAGCACACCUGACAAUUCUGAGGCAAACUCCAGCACCACAUCUGAAUAAUCAGCUCUCUGCUCUGCAGUGGGAGCAUGACCUAGGGUUGGCCUUCACCAAGAACCGGAUGAACUACACCAACAAAUUCCUGGUGAUCCCAGAGUCAGGAGACUACUUCAUCUAUUCCCAGAUCACGUUCCGAGGGACCACAUCUGAGUGUGGUGACAUCAGCCAGGGCAGACGACUAAACAAGCCAGACUCCAUCACCGUGGUUAUCAACAAGGUAGCAGACAGCUACCCUGUGCCUGAAUACCUACUCACAGGGACCAAGUCUAUGUGUGAAAUAAGCAGCAACUGGUUUCAGCCCAUCUACCUUGCGGCCAUGUUCUCCUUGGAAGAAGGCGACAGGCUGAUGGUUAAUGUCAGUGACAUCUCUUUGGUGGAUUACACAAAAGAAGAUAAAACUUUCUUUGGAGCCUUCUUGGUAUAAGGAAGAAACAACCAUCAUUCCACGGGGCUUCCUGCCUCCUACUUUCCAAUUUAUUUUGCUCAUAUGGAACUAUAAACAGGGACUUUAGAUGGAUAAGGAUAGGGGACAGUGGUUUAGCUAUAUAAUUUAGGAACCCAAAGUUGAUCUUUAUAUGCCUUAUGGACUAAAAAAAUAAAUGGAAAGCUCAGAACAGCUCAUGUUUGAUAGAGACAUGCUGGGUUUUAAAAAUUGAAGCACCCAUCAUCCAAUGGCACAGUCUUCUGAUCUCGGAACAGAACCUUUCCAUGGUGCCCUCUGUCCUAGUCCUUUCUGAACCAGCAGUUCAGUUACAGCUGAUGAUAAAUGUACUUCAGUUCAAGAGCUAAGGACAGAAAGAAAGUCUGAGAAAAUGAUGUAAUUCCUCUAGAGGCAAAAGUUCUUUAUUUGUAUUUCCACAUUCUUUUGUGCCUAACCUAAAAUUA